AUGACGGACUUUGCUUGGUUUUUACAAUUUUCUGCAGUAUUUAUAAUUCUUACUCUUGCUCUAUUUUCGCCCUUCAUAACAUUUUUUACAUUUAUUCUUUUAUCAUGGUUUUGGUCUUUACCUAUGACUCUUACAAUAUGUCUUAUAUAUGGUUGUUGGAUGUAUUUUGAUCGUCAUACAGAUUCUCAAGGAAGUCGAUGGUCUAAUCGGAUUCGUCAAUUACCUAUAUUUACACAUUUUGUAAAUUAUUUUCCUCUUAAAUUAAUUAAAAAUGAAGAUCUUGAUCCAAAUCGAAAUUAUAUAUUUGGUUUUCAUCCGCAUGGAGUCUUUUCUUUAAGUGCAUUCGGUAAUUUUGCUACAGAUGCAACAUAUUUUUCAACUCUUUUCCCAAAUAUUCGAUCACAUUUAAUGAUUCUUCGCCUUCAAUUUCUAUGUCCAUUUACACGUGAACUCUGUCUUAGUUUAGGUGUAUGUGAUGUAUCAAAAGAUAGUUGUGAAUAUUUAUUAAGUGGAAAGUCUGGUCAGGGUAAUGUACUAGUCAUCGUCAUUGGUGGUAUACGUGAACAGUAUCUUACGAGAAAUGAUAGUAUGAAAUUGUAUUUAAAGAAUCGAAAAGGUUUCGUUAGACUAGCAUUGAAAUAUGGCGCUUCAUUAGUACCGGUAGUUUCGUUUGGAGAAAAUGAGCUUUAUCGACGACAUGCUCAUUGUAAUUUAAUACCCAAUGGUAUAAUUUGGGGUCGACUUCUUGCUGGACAUAUGCCAUUUCGACAUCCGGUAGUCACUGUUGUUGGUAAACCUAUUCAUGUUAAACAAAAUACUAAUCCAACUUCUGAAGAUGUCGACGAACUUCAUCAUGAAUACCUUCAAGCCGUUGAAGAACUUUUUGAAGUGAACAAACAUAAAUAUAGAUUAGAACAUGUAAAAUUAGAAAUUGUUUAGCAAAAAAAAGAACAUAGGUGAAAAGAAAUUUCUUGCUUUGAUUCAUGUUAGCUGUGAACAAAAAAAGAACAUAGAAAGCGAUAGAUCAUGUUUGAUGAAGUGAACGUGACAAUCUUCAGAGUUCAACUUACACCCGCCAGCACGUAAGAUUAUGUUUCACGAUUCUAAUAUAGAUUGAUAUAAUCCAUAACUAAUUGAAUACAUCUGAAUUUGCUUAAGAUUUUCUUACAAACAUAUUGAAGUGUUUUAACAAAAUAAACGUCAAGUAUUAGUAAAUAUAUUUAAAUUUUAAAAAACUUUUUUCUGUGACUAGCUGCUUAAUUUGCUUGAAUAUCACGAGUCAUAAGCACAGUUGUUGAUUCUCUCGUUUCUUGAUUGCCAUAGCGAUUCUAUGAAAGUUUGAUAGCAUCACUGAUUAUCUGUGCAGCUGUUUUUCCUCAAUAUCCAUUUACAUUUGUUGCUUCUCUUGUGCAACUUUCUUAAUGAUUGAUCUGUUUGCCAACUAACGUGAGUAAUUAACAUUCAUAAUCGAACACCCAGAGUGUUUGUUUGCUAUAUACAUGCUGUGUAUCAACCGAAUGUUUUAGAUACCUACUGUGUAGGGUGUGGGUGUGGUUGUGGGUGUAGGUGUGGGUGUGAGAUGGGUGCGGGUGUAGGGUGUGGGUGUCGAUCUAAUCGUCUUUACACCCACACCCUGCCACACCCACACCCACACCUACACCCACAACCACACCCAUACCCACACCCCACACCCACUCCAUAACAAUCUUAAAGGGAAAGGUGUUAAUAUAGGUAUUUUCCCACUGCGUUAUCUUGGUUCGUAUAGGAAAUUUUUCCAGUCUGUUCUUAUAUAUAUAGUCGUGUUUAUUCUAUCACUUGUUGUCAGAUAGUACGUUUCUUUCUGUAUUCCCUUACCGCUCUUCGUUGUAUCUUCCAUCGUUGUUCUUCUUUACUUUGUCAUCAUGAUCGAGAUAUCACAAUAAAUGGAACUCACAUAAACACCAAAACUUACAAUUUUCUCUUGUUCUCGAUUUAAUAUGUAUAUUAAAUGGAAAACCAUAAAAAUGUAAAUAGAAGCUCUAAUAUCAACUUUCAAAUUUUUGAAUAAUCC